GCACUGAUUGGUGAGUUGGUGGGGCACUCCUCAGCAAGAUGGCUGCAUUGCUGCGCGCAAUAGUGGCAUCCUGUUGAAAUGACGCAAGCCACAGUUUACGUUCGGUCUUCGAGGCUCUGAGCUCUCCAGUCUCCAUAGCUCAGAUCCAGCCCGGCACACAGCCCGGAAGACCUACCGGGUAUCCUUUAGUGGACCGAGGGGAACGGGUUCAUCCGAGUGCGAGUGCGAUGAGGAGAGGCUUCAGAGAGUGAGGCCAUGGGCUGCACCUCGGCCAAGCAGGUGUCGGCCGUGCCCAACGAUGAGGAGGGACGCGGCAAGGCCUACAGCAACGGAGACCUGUUCACUGAUGAAUACAAGAUGAAGGGAGUGGAGGAGGUGAAGUACAUGAGAGGGGAUGAAAAUCGAGUGAAUGCACGCAACCAGGAGAACCUGGAGAAGAGUAAUGCACAGUACAGAGGCAAACAGCAGAAAGAAGCGGCUGCAACGAACAUCAAGUCGAAUAUUCACACGUCAGAGAGCCAGCAGGAAUUUUUUAGGAUGCUGGAUGAGAAGAUUGAGAAGGGGCGAGACUACUGUUCGGAGGAGGAGGAGGAGGAAGAUGGAACAUAGCACAGAGGCCCCCCGAAAGUCAUCCCCACUGAGAGCCUCACUGUAUGUGUGUGUGUGUGUUAGUGUAAAUGAGGGUAUGAGUGUGUUUAUGUGUGCCUAAGAGUGCAAAUGAGAGCGGGUUAAAUCAGUGUUUAGCAAUGGGACGUUGUUGUGAUGGGACACUGUGUUGGGGUGUGUGAGUUUUUGAAGCCAUAUGGCAAAGAAAGUACUUAAAAGUCCAAAGGUGGGGAAUGCUUGAGAAAUGGGGAGAAAUUGGGGUAAAGACGACUUUUCUUCAGACUACAACUCUCCUCUUAGCACCUCAACCCUUCAGGCCCCUGAGCAGACAGAUGGAGGUGGGGAAGUGAUGAAGGGAUGGACAGUUGAAAAGAAGAAGAGAUGGAGGAGAGACAAGGAAUGUGAGCAUGUCACGGAAAACAGAGUGAAGGACCUGGUCGGACAGGCAACUUUGCCAGUCUCCAUCUGUCCUCCCUGUCUGUCAGUCUCUUCCUCUAUGGGCUCAUUCCUAAUAUUUGACCCUCGCUAUUGGACAAAGGAGAUCACAAACAUGGAGGACCAGGAAGGAUUUUGAGUGUGGAGAGCUAAGAAAUGAGGAAGCUACAGGAGGAGAAGAGGAAUCACUUACCUCUGGAUCCACACUGAACUUUUUGGCCUGAAAUUUUGGGCCACGAUAGACUGAGAGAAUGCGUGAGGGAGGGUGGGGCGGUGUGGGAAAUUAUAAUAAGAGAGAAUAGGGAGCGAGCUGGUGGUUUAAACUCCUCCUGCCUUCUUAAAUCAAGGACCUUUUUUUUUUUAUUCUGAAAUGUUUUGUUCAGUGCCGCAGCCACUCAUUUGAUUAUAUUUUCCUGUUCUGAUGUUCUUUUCCAUUUUGUUUUAUUGUUGAUUUGAAUUUUAAUGUAUAACCGUCAUCAUCAUCAUCAUCAAUCUCAUUAUCAUCACCACAAUAACAGGCAGAUGGAAACUUAAAAAAUUCAGCGAAUCUGUGUCUCAACCCCAUCCAUCACUCCUCAUUACAAUCCUCACUUACACACACAUAUAGAUGGAGUCUUUUUUUUUAUUGCUCCAGCACACAUCUGUAUUUAUGUAAAGUCACAUAAUACAAACACACACACACACACACACACACACACACACACACACACACACACACACACACACAAUACUCCUUUCACUCCAGUAAACAGUCAUGUGCAAGAAAUAUUCCACAAAACUCUACAUUUCUGCUUUGUCUCGGUAUUCACACACAUUCAUACACACUGAAGCAGCAAACUGAGCUUGAGGGGAGGGUGUAUGGUUGCCGUGGAGACACAGACCUGGUCAUAUUUUUUUGUUGUCAUCUUUACUGGAUACGUCCUGUUGUAUUAUUUUGAAUACUUUUUUUCUAUUAAAAAUAAAAAAAUACAGAAAGUC